AUGUUUCUCUCCAACAGAGCGCCUGAAAAGGCUCUUCCGCGCUUCCAGACGAACACGCCGCUGGAUUCAACAUUUGACAAAGACAUUCGGGACACUCAUCUUAUAUACGAUUAUGAUGCUGAAGACGCAGAGGGCAACCCGGAGAAGUGGCGGUACGAAAUGUGGUUCUUCUCCGAGGACCGUAUCGUCUACGCCAUUCAUGGUGGGCCCAUGAACGGCCGCAUAAAUUACCAGACGGCGACUUAUCAAUGCAUCCGGCCCGGCGAACUGUGGCAGGUGAAUUGGUUGGAGGAGACGGGGACGGUCUGCUCGCUGGUGUACGACAUCCCGAAGCAAAAGAUUUCAACCCUUAUUUCUUUCUCGAGGGGCCACUGGGAGAACCCCAAGGCGGCGCACGGCGACAAGCGCAAUCCGGGAGAUUUCGCGAGAUGGAGAGUCCUCUCGAGAUUUGGUAACCAGACAGAUCGGUUCAUGUUAUCUGAGCAAGCGGAUAUUGUCGAAAAUUUCAAGGGCAGAGGCGAUCUCGUACCGAUUGAGGAGCAUGCGAAAACCUUUUAA